CCCGAGUGUUUGUCCAGCCUGCCCGCCUGGCUGGGUCUCAGCCUGUCCUCCCUUCUCUUCCUGGACAGCUGCGGGAGGCAAUCGGAAGGUGGCAGGUGCUUGGGCCACCUUGUUUGGGGUCCUGAACAGGCUUGUCGACUGAACAGCCUUUACGGAAGAAACCAUUCUGCUGAGUUUCUGUCCCGGUGGGUCACUACUGCUGGGACAUUCCAGCCUCUGGGAAGGUCUGUGGAGGUGCCCAAGCACCACACUGCUGGGAGCAUACUUGCAAGACAUUUUCAGAAGCUUCUGCUGCAGGUGGAGAAGUUCUUGUGAUCAGCAAACAUGCUGAGACAGAUACUGUCAGACAUGUUCAUAGACCCUGACCUGCUGGCAGAGCUCAGUGAAGAGCAGAAACAGAUCUUGUUCUACAAGAUGAGGGAGGAACAGAUCCGACGAUGGAAAGAAAGAGAAGCAGCCAUGGAAAGAAAGGAGUCCUUGCCAGUGAAAUCCAGACCAAAGAAAGAGAAUGGCAAAUCUGUGCAUUGGAAGCUGGGCGCUGAUAAGGAGGUGUGGGUUUGGGUGAUGGGCGAACACCAUCUAGACAAACCCUACGACUUGCUGUGUGAUGAGAUACUGGCUGAGAGGGAGCAUUUGAGAACAGUGCAGGACUCAACGCUCAGGAAAGCUCAGGCUGCAAAAUCCACCAAUAGCCAAGCACUAGCAAAGCUGGAGCCUCAGAAUGUCACCCAGAAAGCAGCUGCAGAGGAGGCAUCAGGGCAAGGACCCAGAGCAACACCAACCAAGAAUGAAGACAAAGCCCAUACUAAAGAACCCAUAAAGAAAAAAGAAGACGAAGACGUGAAACAAACAGAGGAUGAGAAAACCAAGCAGAUAUACAAGAGCUGGAAGGAGGAUUCCGAAUGGCAGGCAUCGUUGCGAAAAUCCAAGGCAGCUGAUGAGAAACGACGCUCCUUAGCUAAACAAGCACGGGAAGACUACAAGAGGCUGUCCCAAAGGGGAAGGAGCGGAGACGGGCUGCAGAACCCUCUGGCUGGUCCACAGAAGCCCAGAAGGCCUCCUCUUCCCCCGAAGCCCCUGUUCCUGCACCCACUAGGAAACCCUCCGAAGUCCUUAGGGAAUCAGGGAGUCAUAAGGACAGAGUCCAGCUCCACCCAGGAGGACAUCAUCCGAUGGUUCAAAGAGGAACAGCUGCCAUUCCGUGCCGGUUACCAGAAAAACUCUGACACCAUCGCUCCCUGGUUCCAUGGGAUUCUCACACUAAAGAAAGCAAAUGACCUUCUGAGCACAGGUGUGCCAGGAAGUUUUCUGAUCCGAGUCAGUGAAAAGAUCAAGGGCUAUGCCCUGUCCUACCUGUCUGAGGAGGGCUGCAAACAUUUCCUCAUAGACGCAUCUGCCGACUCUUACAGCUUCCUGGGUGUGGACCAGCUGCAGCAUGCCACCCUGGCAGAUUUGGUGGAAUAUCACAAGGAAGAGCCCAUAACCUCCCUGGGGAAGGAACUCCUGCUGUACCCCUGUGGUCAACAAGACAAGCUACCAGACUACCUGGAGCUCUUUGAGUAACAGCUCUAGUCAAGAUCAGCCUUCAGCCAGGUUUUCCUCUGGACAGACACCUCGGAGGUGGACAGUUGCCUGUGAUGCCAAAAUCACUCUGUGACAGAGCCAACAGUGAAGAAUGCCUUUGAGGUUAAUUGAAACCUUGAUUCUGCAUAAAAGCUGGAGUUCAAGUCAAGGGGAUACAUCCUCUCCCCAUCCUCAUUCUGAAAGGAAAAGGGAGAAGUGUACUCAUUUCAGUAACAUCCUAAUAUGAAGAAUAGGACCUUGAAGGAUAUGACCAUCAUGUUGUAUAUAAGAUAAAAUAACAAGGCUAACUUGAAAUGUAUUUUUAGCAGUUAAUAUGUUACUCUAAAAAAAAAGUGAACUGUUUUGUGAUCUACGUGCUCCCUCUUUUGUAUUCAGUCAAAGGUCUCAGCGCCUACUUCCAUGAACUUCUAUCUUGGCUUUAGAAUGCUGGAAAAAGCAUCCUCUCUUGGGGCUGAGAGUAUCCUCAAAAGACAACCAUUUUUGUAUGUAUUGGAGCCAGGAUUCAGGAGACAGAAAAGCAAGUCCCAAUUGGGAAUUGAAAGAGAAGUUUUAACACCUGGUAUGUGAGACUUACCAUGCACAAAACAACAACAAUAAAAAAUAACACACACGGCAUCAGUAGGGAACCACAUUUUAUAGCUUGUUCCUCAGUUUUCUUUGCCUCCCUUAUCUGUGAGUAAAUAUAAAAGAUGGUGUGCAUGGCCAUGCAAGGAGUCAUGUAUUCAUGCUGCGGAGAGAAGAACAGAGUGGUUUGGAUACCACCCAUUGAGAGCUGAAUUGUGUCCCACACCAAACAUACAUGAAGUACUGACCUCCCUAUACAUGGUGUGAUCUGAUAGAAAAAGGGGGUCUUUGUGGCUAAGAUAAGUAGGGUAGUCCUGACUCUAAUGACUGGCAUCUGUACAAGGAAGAGAGAUUUAGAAAUAGACACACAGAAAGAUGAGGUCUGAGGAACCACAGAAACAGAGUGAGUGUGGCAGCUGUGAUCAGGGGAUGCCAAGACUUGUGGAAGAUAACAGUACUCUGGGUAGAUUCUCCCUGGAACUCUAGAAGAAAAACAUACGGCCUUGCUUAUGUUUAUUUUCACCAUUAUUUCAGCCUUCUACCUUUAGAACUGUGGGAUAAUAAAUGUCAAAGUCACUGAAUAUAUGGUAACUUUUUACAGCACUCUCAGAAAACUAGUGCAAGAGUUUAUGUAAUCACAGAUCCCGCACACGUUUCAUGGACUUGUUUCUUGUUAUAGUCUGUGCCCUCACAAUGAAAUAAAACUUGGA